AUGGCUUCCAAACAUCUAUCGUCUCGACCUAAAAACCUUUAUCCGCCAUUAACUUUGUAUCGUCAAAUCCUUCGGAUCCACCGUCGUUUGCCGCCCUCACUUCGCCUUCUCGGUGAUGACUAUGUAAAGUCCGAAUUUAGGAGACACAGGGAUGUAACAAAUCCUCUUUACCUUGUUGGCUUUUUUAGUCAGUGGCAAUCAUACCUGGAGGAACUGAAACAGCAGACUAGUGCUUCAGUUCCUGUUGAGGAAAUUCGAUAUGGCAAAAAGCUUGAUUCCGAAAGCUUGGAGAAAUUUAGCGAACAACAACUUGGACAAUUGUAUGAAUUAAGAAAUGAGACGAAAGCCUCUAUUAAUAAAGAAAGUUCGGAACAAUUGAGAGAAGUUUAA